AUGCAAGGAGAUCCAAUUGAGUGUGGCAUUGUCAACUGCGUUCGAUAUUCGCCUUCUGGUGAACUUCUUGCCAUCGCAACAGGCUCAGAUAUCCAAAUUUAUAAUCCAGGCACAAGGGAACACGUCGCAUCUUUGACAGGUCAGAACCUGUCACUUGCGUGGAUGCCCAAUGGCACACGCCUUCUUUCAGCAGGCGGUGAUUACAUAUUUGAGUGGGACACAUCAACCUGGCAGCAGGUUGGUCAUCGCUGGAAAGGCCACACCGACACUAUCAACGCCAUUGCCAUUCAUCCAGCUGGCACACUCGUCGCUUCUGUGUCUGAAGACAAGCAUGUCUGUCUCUGGCGGCUCUCAGAUCAACGAACCAUCGCCGUCUUCCAGCAUUCAUCUCCCAUGACAUGUGUCACGUUCUCUGUGGACGGCAAGUACAUCCUCAGUGGAGGUCAAGACAGGCAGAUUUCAGAAUGGGCAAUACCGAAGGACAUCCUUAGCAUCACAAUUGCAGCCCGCGAUGCAUGUCUAACUGGGGACUUGUCUAUCGCUGAAGAGCUCCUCACGCAAGAUGUCGACACCAACGUUGACGACUUUAUUUUGUAUGCCAAUUGUUCAUUCGUCGUGGCCCGGAAGCACGACUGGGACCAUGCUCUAGAUGAUGCAAUCCAAUCCAUCAACAUUCGGCCAUCAUUGGUAGGCUUCGUCUCUAAAGGCAUCACCCUCUGCGGAAAAGGCCACGUCCGGGAAGCAAGGAUAGCAUUCGAUGUCGCAUCCAUGUUUACCAAUCAAAAUUCAGAAACCAAUCAAUUUCUUCUCCUGAUCAAGGCCAUCGCACUCUUUAACGCAGAUCAACACGACGAAGCAAUGCUGCUCAUCAAAGACCUGGCUGCCGCUUGUCCCAAUGCCGAUCCUCUCGCGCGUCGUGUCGUAGAAACAUAUCUACGUGUUCAGCUCGGAAUCAAAGCUUUCGAUGGCGCGCGUCACGACGAAGCCGCCGAUCACUUCACCACCACUGUUGAUUCAGGCGCAUUCUCAUCAAAAUUCAUGCCUCAAAUCUACGAGGACUUGACUAUGCUCUUCGGCUGGGAUCUCGAGUCCUUGUUGCUAACUACACACCAAAAACGGUGUCAGGCAUUCCUUUCGGCCGGCAAACUCGACGAAGCUCUCGAAGCACAAAAAUACAUGAUGGACACCAUCGACGCCAUCGCGAAGGCCAGCUGUCUCGAUUGGUCCAACGGCAAGUCUUCCGUCGAGAAAUGCAGCACGCUCGCUGAGGACAACGACCGUAUUCUUGGUGCAGAGAUCCCCGGCCAAGAGCAAGAUGGCUAUGAUGCAGAUCCCAAUUUCUUCUAUGGAACGCGUCAACAUUCUCAGAUUUCCAGGCCAGGACUUCAACAACGGCCUGGGUGCCUCAAAAGAUUUAGACUCGCUAUGACGAGGAGGCCUCAGGAAGCCCCUGCACCUGCACCGCCCACCACCUCACCACCAGUCGCUGUCACCACCACCAUCAAAACUCAUUUACAACACCUAUUCUCCCGGUCACCCCAUCAUGCAACGCUCCCCGUUGUUGAUGUUCCAUUCACAAAGGCUAAAGAGCGUCAUGUUGCUGCGGGUGCUCCUGGCCCAGACCCGGACAUCGUACCUGAUGAAUAUUUCGAUACCACCGAACCGGACUCUGACACGCAACAGCAGCGACAGCAACAACAGCAACAACACCAGCAAGCAGUAGCAGUCCAUAUAGACCCUGGGGAACAUGGAGGCGGAAAGUCCUGCGUCUGCUGCUAG